GAUCUUGUUAUUUGAUGUUAUAUUAUCAAAUAUUAUAAUAAAUAACUUUCGAAUUAUAUAUCCAAGUGUUUUCGGAUAAGCAAAAGUAAUUUAAGUGCGGAUUUACAACAGUUUUCGGUGAAUUACGUCAGUGUUGCGAAGUGAUAAGUGGAACGUGAAAAAAAAACAGUUUAACUUGCAGUUUUCCAAGUGCUUUUACCUGUUUUCGUGGAUUAUCUUCCGUUAUUGGAGUUAACGGAGCGUGGCACACCUUUACUGCAGCAGUCUUUGUAUAAAAAAUACUUUUUCACAUAUUUAUUUCGAUCGAAACUUCAACCUUUGAGGGGUUUUAGUGAAUUUAGAGACUAUUGUGUUUUCUGGCUUUUAGCCAGUGUAAAAACUUAAAAAAUAUUAAUAAGGAGUGAUCAUGUGUGUAAUAAAGAUGGCCAGUUUACUAAAGAACGUUGCUAGCAAGUGACACCUGUCAAAAUGUCAGAAAAACGCCGGAAGAAGUCUGCGGAGUUUAUAAAUGACAAAAGAACUUAGCGUUAGUGUUUAAAAACUUUCAAUACUUGAUCUCAAAGUGCUCAAUUUAAAAUAUAACAAUGAUUUCUUUAAAAAAAUUGUACGGGGAUGAACUUUUGCGUUUAGCAUUGGUUUUAAGUCUUCUCAAAGUGGACCCAAACGAUUAUUUGGAGCGGGAGACACAGCAAAUGAUCGCUGGACUCCACAUCUCAAACGGAUCAGAUUGGUCCUUAGAGCAAGAAGCCAGGACGUUAAUCCGACCAAGGUUCGUCCACCCAAAAUCUCUGGACAACAUCCUAAUAAACUACGAAAGACAGCUAUUCGAAGAAUUAAACUCCCUUGGACGGUAUGGUAAUUCGGAUUUAGAAUAUAAUGAACGGAUAUGGAAUCGCAGGGCCCCGAUACUUCAUACAUAUUUAGUGAAUAACGUGGCCACUGACACAGUGGCGCCCGCGCUCGCGACCGCGACAGUCGCCGAAAAUGAUGGGCAGGACGCCGUGUCAGCCGACGACAACGUCGCACAAGAGGUCAAAGUGACAGAUGAGGAGGAAUCACAGAACAGCGAGGAAAGACCUGAUGCUGUUGUCACACUAUCCCAAGACUUCCUAAACAACCAUACCCAUGAAGACAUCUUCGCCGAAAUAGCUUCAAGGUCUUUCGAUGUUAACGAACUUCUAGUCCAACCUUCAGAGAUGCAGAUUAAAAAAGAGGACGAUCUCGAAAUGCAGAUCAAAAAAGAGGAUGAUGAUCUCUACAGCGAUAACGCUAUCGAUUUUAUGCCGUAUUUCAAUAUGAAGAGCGAAAAAGAUGUUGAGGAGAGCUCAGUUUACCAGCAGAACAUGGCUGAUUUGAAAGAGUACGGUGAAGGAGACUCGAAAGAUCUGAAGAAUGAUCUAGAAUAUCUGGAUGUUAAACAGCAGGAGAAUUUAGAACAGUACCUUAUGGAGAAUACUCCUUUGGAUGGCGUGUAUGAGCUGGCUCCCAUGUUUGAAGAGGAACUGGUUUUGAACGUGAAGAGGGAAAGAGCUAGCACUAGUUUCACAGCUAGCUCCAGUGGUGUCAGUGAUAUGGAUGUGUCAAGUGAGGGUCCUGACGUGAAACUGGAGCCUGAUGAGGGGCAUCACACUGGUGAUGAGCUGACGCAAGAGGACAUGGACCUGAUCGAGGUGCUGUGGAAGCAAGAUGUGGACAUGGGGUUCUCUUUGGAGGAUCCUGUGCAGCCGGAGGGUCCGACGGCCACGAAGGUGCUUGGAGACGAGAUUGACAAGGAGUUGAAGUUGGCAGAAGAGAAGAUCGUGAAAUGCAAUGUCGAGAAAGCGGAGAUUGAGAAGGUGAAGGCAUCGCUUCUGGACCCUGAGAUAAAGGAGGACGACCCCUGGGCUGGACUCUCCUAUACCGUUGACACUGAAACAGGAGAGUACGUGAUCCAGGGUGACCUUCCUCGGGAGCUGGUGGGGGGUGAAGAGUCGAGGUUCGAUCUUCUCGAGGAGGCGCUCCAGCUGGUGGAGCUCGGAGACGAGGCCGAGACCAAGAAUGAACCACCUGAGGCUAUAGAAGGCAGCAGCAGCGGCUCCGAGAUGCUGCACCCGGCGAUGCGGCACGUGCCGCACCACCCGCUCGCGCACUACCAUAACCAGUCGUUAAUGCGUUCGAUGUCAGUGGAGCAACGCUGGCAGGACCUGGCCUCGCUGCUGACCAUCCCGCCGCCGCCCCCCCCUGACCAGUACCAGCACUACCACCACCACCACCAGCACCACAACAUCACUGGUCACGGUGCGGCUGGGGGCUAUGCGCCGAACUACCACGCUCAUGCCCCUAUACCGCCUGUUCCCGAGAAACACCCCGAGUCAUACGGUGGCGCCGCCGCUCCGCUAGAUGGCGCUUAUAAGGUGGAAGCGGCGCAGCACCCCCAACAACAUGACCCGCUCUACUAUCAAAAUUCCACAACAGAAAUGACAGGUCCGACAAACCAAGAUGGCUUCUUACAAUCGAUUUUAAACGACGAAGAUUUGCAACUCAUGGAUAUGGCGAUGAACGAAGGGAUGUAUACGAUGCGCAUGUUGGACGGCGCAGGCGCACACCACGCGCCUCAUCACAAUCAUACUCAUAUGAUGAUGACAGCUGAAAGGGACUCGGCAUCUGAUAGUGCUGUGUCCUCGAUGGGCUCGGAGCGGGUUCCGUCGCUGUCCGAUGGAGAAUGGUGCGAUGGUAGCGAUUCGGCACAGGAGUUUCAUAGCUCAAAAUUCCGUCCUUAUGAUAACAACUACGGUCGCGACCGCGCGGCGCCCCACCAGCCCCAGAAGAAGCACCACAUGUUCGGGAAAAGAUGCUUCCAGGAACAACCUGCCCCUCCACUGGACCCUGUCGGAAGACCAGGUGUAGUCAAAUACGAAUGCCCGGAACAGACCUACCAUCAUGAGAACAUGCAUAUGCAGAACGUUGAGUUCGGCGGCCGGCCUCAGCUGCCCCCGCCUCACCUGCACGCCCCCGCGCUGGACCUCAACGCUGCCCACUCCAGCCAUGCUUUGCUACAGAGUACGAUCCCAAGCCCGGCCCCGCCUCGCUUCGCCUACGCGACCCCGGAGCGAGUGCGACACAACCACACUUACAGCGCCCCCCUCGCCGCCGCUGACCAGAGACCAGCUGCCGUCAGAGACAAGAGAGUUCGGCGUCUGACAGACGGUUCGAUGUCCGACGGAGGCUCCUCAGCCACCAGCAGCGGACAGCAUCUGACGAGAGACGAGAAGAGGGCCAAAGCAUUAGUUGCUGCAGGCAUCCCGUUGGAGGUGCACGACAUCAUAAACUUGCCCAUGGACGAGUUCAACGAGAGACUCUCGAAGCACGACCUGAGCGAGGCGCAGCUGUCACUCAUAAGAGACAUCCGACGACGUGGGAAGAACAAGGUCGCGGCACAGAACUGCCGCAAACGCAAACUGGAUCAGAUCACAUCACUAGCCGACGAGGUCCGCACAGUCAGGGACAGGAAACAGCGAACCCAGAGAGACCACAGCUCACUCAUCGCAGAACGACAGCGUGUGAAGGAACGAUUCGCGGCCUUAUACAGACAUGUGUUCCAGAACCUCCGCGACCCUGAAGGUCGGCCGCUCUCCUCGCAGCAGUACUCCCUGCAGCAGGCAGCUGACGGAAACGUCGUCCUGGUGCCCAAGAUGCCGCAACACCAAGAUCACCCAAUGAAUCGCACAUCCGAUGAUGACAUGGACAGGAAAGCGAAGAACUACGAACAGUGACAUCUACCCUCAUAUACACACUGGUAACAGGUGUUGCCACACGAGAAAAUACAAAAUUAAAUCAUGCAAUUGAUUCUUAUGUACGGUUUUUUAAUACAUCGGGAUUUUUUUCGUCAAAUAUCCAUAGAAAAUAUUUUUUCUUUUAUUAUGAGGAAGUUAAAUUUGGAGAAACCUCUUUCAGUGACAGAUGUCAGUUUUGACAGCUGUCAAAUCAUUUUUUUUCUUGUCGAUAUUUUUUUAUUUCACGUAUAGUUGUUUGAAAUUGCAUUUUCUAUACGAUUUCAGUUUUUAAUUAAAUUCUUUGAAAAUUAUAGUUUUUUAGGGAUGUUUGACGAAAGCUUGUUGAUUCCCGAUAUUAAUUUAAAUGUAUACAUGUCACCAAUAAGGUACCACAAAUUGAGAACAAAAAUGACGUUUCGUAGCGUCGGAAUACCAAGUAAAUCUAAUAUGUAUCUAUAUUUGUACGGUCAACAAAAAAAUUGUAUGUUUACAUACAAAAACUUAAAAUGACAUUCAUUUUGAACUUUUGUAUGUAAAUUAGAGCCGUCAAAUAUUUUUUAUUUGUGUCAAAUUGCCUGAACGUUAUCAAGAAAACCAUCUUUCAAUGAAAAAUCUUUGAUAUACACAAUCAGUGGUCACUCUAUAUAUAAAAAUAAAUUUGUCUGUCCAUCAGAAAUAUCCUUUUCCAUACAAAUUACAACUGUCACUCAGAUAAGUGACGUUACUUUAAACAAUAACAACUAAAAUCACUAAAA